AUGGGAUACUAUACUCGAAACCCUAACAACCGUCCCAACAACAACCGUCCUCAGGCCAAUCGCCGAAAAAGGAUCCCUCCUCUUUCCGACGGCACCACCUCCCCUCCGGCUACCAAAUCCACGGUCGAAAAGCCUCAUCACGUCGGAAGCUUCUUCACGGGUCAAAUCAAGAUCUUGAAACGCGGCGAGGAACUUAAAGAAAAGGUUACGACGAUGACUAAGACAACAACGAAGUCAGCUGUAGACGCGAGUCCUCCCCGAAAGGAACACUGCAGACUAACCAAUCCUGAGUCGCCGGGUUUGCUUGGCCCAGAACCUUUGUCGAUUCAAACUCGAAUCCGAUCUCAAGAACCUACACGAACUUCUCUGUUCUACGCAGGGUCGACGGUAUGUAUAGCUUCGCCACCGCCGAGUUCUCUCCCUCUUCCGGUUUUCUCAAAGAAAGGUGUAGCAUCUACGAUUAAUCUUGAAGCAACUAGUGUUUUGUUGAAGGUUUUACGUCUCGAUAUGGCUUGA